AUGGAAGCAGAGCAGGAGCAGGCGCUGCCCCACAUGCAAACGCCCGGGGCAGACGACAACAAGAACAAGGUCCACCUGGCGAUGGGGGGCGAUGUCCAGCAGUGCUUGCUCUCCCUUCGCUGGGCACUGCGCAACGUCCCACGGAACUUCACGCUGGUUCUUGUCCACGUCUACCGCCAGGCCACCAGGAUCCCCACCAGAUUUGGAGCUUUGAUGCCUGUAAGCAUGCUCAGAGAACAGAUUGUUCAGGCAGAGACACUCAUAGCUGAGAAUGAUGAUGUUGCAGCUGGGCUGAUGGAUCUCAUUAAACAGUGCCAGAUUACCAUCCUCAUCAUGGGAUCAAGCAAACUAUCAACAACUUUGGAGAAGCAAGCUGAUCCAUCAUGCAACAUUUUAUUUCUACGGAACGGAAACCUCAUUUCUAGCAGACAUGAGGAUGACAGUGCCUAUAUGAUUGGAACAUACGACUUACCUUCUUUCGGAAGCUUCCACCACCUCUCAAGUGGCAGCACCUACACCAGCAGUACCUUGUCUCCAUUCUUCAGGGACUCAUGUAGCACAGGCAGUGGACUUGAUAUCACAAGGCUAGAUGAUGCUGUUCUGGAGGACACUGCCUCCAUAUUUGACGAUACCAGGUUCAGUGACAUCUUUGGACAUGUGUCAAUUGGUGCUUUCAAGGAGGUAGCAGCUAGCCACCCAAAUCUGGCUGACCAAUCACAAGGACUGCACCAGGCAUUUCACACCAAGUGCAUCGAGGUCUUGACAAGGUGUCAGUUUGCUGGAGGUACCGACUCGGUUCUCGGAGUAGACUGCAAGGGUUUAGAAGGGGAACAGUGGAGGAUAAUUAAGAGCUGGCCUGCAGCACUAGAAUAUAUUGUCAGAGUCCUCAACGCAGCCCUUAUGCAGCCCAAGCAAAAUCGUGUUGCAAAGGUUCUCAACACAUUGCAGCUGCAGCUACUUAAGCAGAAUAGCCGUACUUGCAGUAUGUUCACGACCAACAAUGUUUCAGAGGCAGCAAAGGAGCCGGUUCGUCUGCUGCUCAAUCUUGCCUCCCAAGUUGCUAAGGUGAAGAAAUCGCCUGAUAAGCUCUUCUGUGUAUUGUACAUGCACAGAGCACUGUAUGAUGCCAUCCCUACUCUUUCAAGAGUGUUUGGUGAAGAAUUUGUGAAGAAAGAGACGGAGGGAGUUUUUGGAGCACUGAAGGAUUCUUCACUGGAAAUAAUUCGUGAGCUGAAGGUGUUGGUUCAGACUUACAGCCCGAAGAAGGUACCAAUGGAAGGCUGCAUUCUCACGGUAACUGGAUACCUCAUGAAAUACAUCAGGUUACUGGUAAAUCACAUUGGAUCACUUGAUAUGAUUCUAUGCACAAGCCAGGAUAAUGAUCUGUUGACCAUCGAAGGCGUGAAUCCGACAGGUCGUCUAGCAACUGGGCUCAUUGCUGACCUGGAAUCAGUUCUCAAGGAAAAAUCUAGCAUCUAUGCAUCUGAACCAGGACUACAGUAUCUCUUUCUGAUGAACAAUGCGCAUUUCAUACUGCAAGAAGUCGAAGAAUCGGAUGUACGCCUGAUGGUAGGAGUCGAGUGGAUCAAAAAGCGCUGCUACCACAUCGAGCAGUACAAGACGGAUUACCUGUCCUCAUCAUGGAAACAGGUUGUGCAUCAUUUGGAGACUGCAACAAGCACUUCACCUCCCAAGAGGCGCAGGAACAACUUCCUCAAGAUCUUCUACUCCACUCCCAGUUCCCUCAAGAGCUUUGAAUCGGCUCUGAACAAAACCUGCAAAUCCCAGAUGCACUGGAAGGUGCCUAGCCCGGUUCUUCGCAUCGAGCUUCGCAUACAUGUCAUACAGUAUGUUGUCCAAGCAUAUCGCGCGUACUGGGAAGGCUUGGAAGAGUCGGAGAGAAGCGAUCUCAAGGAUUUGGAGCCGGACCUGAAGAGCAAACUCAAUGAAUUGUUUGAGGGGUGA